UUUAUUUUUGUGUGUUGCAUAACGUUCUUAUUCUUUGGCCAUCCCAAAUUAGCCUCUGUUAUGUUCUGUUAUGUUGGUCACUUGAUGUUCCUGAAACCCACAACGGCUACCACCCACUCUCUUCUUUCUUUUUAAACCCAACUCACUCUUCAUUUUCACUUCAAUUCACUCACUCAUAUUCUCCUCUUACUUCUUCCUCUUUCAUAGCAAUAAUUAACAAUCAACAACAACAAUAACAUUAUCAUUUACUAAUUAAUCUAGUUCUAUAAUUCCAUUACUAUGGCUUCCAACACCAUCAUCAAUGUCCACACUCACACUGAAACUGCACAGCCCAACAUCACUCCUACAAAGACCGUUGAUUCUCACUCUGUUCUUAGAAGGUUGCAGUCUGAAUUGAUGGCUUUGAUGAUGAGUGGAGAUUGUGGUAUAUCUGCAUUUCCGGAAGAGGACAACAUAAUGUUAUGGAAAGGGACAAUUAAAGGAAGCAAGGACACAGUUUUUGAAGGAACUGAGUAUAAGUUGUCACUCUCUUUUCCCAAUGAUUACCCUUUCAAGCCUCCUAAAGUCAAGUUUGAAACUACCUGCUUCCAUCCCAAUCUUGAUCUUCAUGGCAACAUUUGCUUGGACAUACUUCAGGAUAAAUGGUCAUCUGCUUACGACGUUAGAACAAUUCUUCUAUCCAUACAAAGUCUGCUUGGAGAGCCAAACAUUAGUUCACCACUAAAUCCACAAGCAGCACAGCUUUGGAGCAAUCAAGAAGAAUACAGGAAGAUGGUACAGAAGUUGUACAAAACAACAAGUGCUUAGCUUUAACAGCAACAUUGGUGGAGUCUAAUCAAGCUUAGUUUAGAGAAGGUCCUUUUGUAUGUCUGCUUUGUAGAAGAGGAAGGAUGAAUCCAUAUUUAUUUUUGGGUGCUCCAUGGAUAUCUUCCUUGAAUUCUUUUUAAUAUAUCAUUGCAUGUCUCUUU